GAACGACUCAGAUGAUGAGCAAUGUGCGUUGAGCGACAAAUGGCAAUACGAGCGCAAAUCACGGCGAUGGUCGCGGGUAGUCGAGAUCACGCCGCAAGCGCAACGUAGAUUACAGGUGAUAGCAGCUAGGGCAUUAGCAGAGAGGGAGGCAAGAGAAGCGAGGGGGGAAUUAGAAGAUGAUGAAGACGAUUCACUGCCCACCAUCAGGGUGGGCCUGGUGGACUCAGAAGGCCACUACACAGACGUUGAACCUGAUUUACUAACGAUUCCUGGCCAGCCAAUGAUCCAGUUACCAAGCGACAAAGAAGAUGAAGAGGACACCGGUACUCGGUUUAGACGAACCGGUUCCGAACGCCUCCGAGACGGUGCUAAAGCGUUACUCAGAAGAGUGGAAUCCCUCAAAACCAGAAGAAGAAAACGACAAAAUCGUGCAGAAGUGAUCGUUUCCUCACCACAUUUCCUAGACGCCCAAGCAGACAGAUAUCCAGAGUUAAACUAUAUCGACAUGACUCCUACGACACCAACCGCCUUUCCGUUUCCGGAUUUCACCAGUUCUCCGGCUCACGCUCCCGCUAUUAGGACUCAGCCUCCUUCUCCUAUGACGAUAAUGCCCCCAUCACCUAUCGCACCCAUCGCAUCUAUAGAACAAUCGUUCAUCUUGAAUCCUCCCUUUGGCGAUGACAGCUCAAGUUAUGCAUCAGACGGAAGUAUGGGAUCCAGUAAUAAAAGCUCGAAGUCUAAAUUGGGACGAGCGAAAAGAAUUUUCCACAGAGGAGUUAAAAAUGAUGACUCUAGUGCGUUAAGUGACUCUGAAUGUCAGCCGGCUAGUUGGAGACACAAUUAUUAUAAGGACCAUAAUACUCAUCAUAACACGGAGGUAUACGUAGAGCCUCCAUCGCCCGUAGAACUGAAGCCAGACCCUGAAAUAUUGAGAGAGGUGCAGAAGUCGCCCGGUCACACGGCGCACCGACGGCAAGCCAUAAGGACGAGCUCUUUAAACCUCGGGAAGGAUGGACAAAAAUUUCGAGAUCGAAGCCUAAAAAGGGACAAAUCUGCUUCAAGAAGUUCCGAAUUAGAUGGUAGCCCUCACUCAGCUGGUUCCAGGUCGCACGAUGGAGACCAGGACGAUGAUGACGAUAGCCUGGAUAUUAGGACUAAAAAAAACAACAUUCAAAGAUGGUACUCGUUUCGAACAAAUGCUUUAAACGGAGGUCCGAAAGCCAAUAAUACAUUGCAACCAACAGUACCUAACCAAAAGAACCCUGAAGCUUACAUGUCUCGGGCGAUGUCGUCGCUGUCGUGCGGGCAGCUGCACGUGUUGCGCAAACUGGCACUGCUGCGGCUGACGGCGUGCAUGGAGCGGUACUGCCCCUCGCACAAGUCCGGCUGGAACUGGGAACUGCCCAAGCUGAUACGAAAGAUCAAGACGCCAGACUACAAAGACAAAACUGUAUUCGGUGUACCGUUGACGGUAUCGCUGCAGAGGACGGGGCAUUCUUUACCGAAACCGAUCCAGAGCGCCCUGCACUGGUUGAAGAACAAUGCACUGGAUCAGAUGGGCAUAUUCAGGAAGGCGGGAGUGAAAUCUCGCAUUGCCAAGUUGCGCAGCGCAGUGGAGGCGGCGGGCGCGGCGUGGGAGGCGGGCGCGGGCGGGGGCGGGGGUGUUGGCGGGGGCGCGGGGGCGGGGGAGGAGGGGGAGUGGUUCUCGGGCGCGCAGGCACACGACGUGGCGGACAUGGUGAAGCAGUACUUCCGUGAGCUACCCGACGCGUUGCUCACCAACAAGCUCAGCGAAACCUUCAUCGCUAUAUUUCAACAUGUUCCGGAACCGCUGAGGCCUGAUGCCGUCCAGUGCGCGUUGCUACUGUUACCCGAAGAGCACCUCGAAGCUUUACAUUCCCUGCUCGUAUUUCUCGCCGACGUGGCGGAGCACGCGGCGGUGAACCAGAUGACGGCGUCCAACCUCGCCGUGUGCCUCGCGCCCACGCUGUUGCGCCUGCACCACGCGCCGCCGCCGCAGGGCAGCACCAAGGAGGGCCACUCCAACAGGUGCCCGAUACUAUACCGAUAUAGCGCGCAGGAAAAGCUCGGAAGACGGAGGUCGCACCUCUUUGCGAUUCCUGUGUGA